AUGUCCAUGAGAUGGCGGGGUGGAAAGGGAGGCCGAGAUGAUGAUGCCGAGCAUCGAUGUGUCUGCCUGUGGGAUGUCCGUCGCGAGGACUUUGAGAGAUGGCCGGAAGACGGCUGCAGCUGGAACGGAAGAGGGGCCAAAGUCUCGACAUCCUGCUUCGGCCGAUUGGUCAGGAGGAGGGACAACCUGAUCAAGAUUCUGCAUCUGCUCGGGAAAUCGCUCCGGGACCUUCUGAAUUCGACACCAUGCCCCGCUACUGUUUAA